AUGGGAUUUGGUCCUCUUCUAUCUCAGACGGCCCACAUCAGGUACAAAGAAGUUCAAAGUGGAGUGUCUUUUGGACAUGUGUACGGCUCCACAAGAGGGGAGUGCUCUCAAUUGGAACAAGAACUCAAGUUUGCAUGGCGGGAUGAGGAACUAUUCUGGAAACAGAAAUCGCGCAUAGCUUGGCUCAACCAUGGGGAUAAGAACACCAAAUUUUUUCAUCGUAAGACUUUAAUUCGCCGGUGCAAGAAUGAAAUUCUUGGUUUGGAAGAUUCUCAGCGUCAGUGGUGGGAUUCCAAGGAUGAUGUUCGUAGAGUGGCGGAGGAUUAUUUUCAACACCUUUUUUCUUCUUCCCCGGUUGUGAGUGAUGAUGACUUUUGGCAGAUGCUCUCUCCUAAAGUUUCUCUAGAGAUGAAUACAGAGCUUCUCAAGGAUGGUUCGGUUGAGGAAUUACGCCAGGCUAUCAGUGGUAUGGGUUCGUUUAAAGCUUCGGGUCCUGACGGCUUCACUUCUCUAGUUCUUGCCAAUCGUCUGAAGCUCAUUCUUCCAUUAUUGAUUUCUGAAUCCCAAAGUGCCUUCGUUCCUAACCGACUGAUUCAUGAUAAUAUUGUUAUUGCGCAUGAUCUCUUGCAUGUUAUUAAGUUUAGGAAGAAGUCCAAUUCUCCAAGUUUGCUAGCUAUCAAGCUUGACAUGGCUAAAGCAUAUGACCGUGUCUCACAACUUUUCUCCAAGACGCCGUGCAUCGAAAAUCGCUUACUGGUCUUAAGAUGGGUCGGGGUUGUUUGCCCAUCUCUUAGUUGUUUUUUGCGGACGAUGCUCUACUUUUCGGCUCUACUAAGGCGAGUGAGAUGUGCUGCCUUAAAUCUCUCCUUGAUAUCUUUUAGUUUCUUAGCUGAAAGCGUUUCUGCGAAAACUCAACUCCUCAAAGGCAAGUUCCUUUCUAAGGCGGGGAGGGAAAUUAUGCUUAAAGCUGUUCUCUCUGCUACUCGUAUUUAUGCUAUGCACUGUUUUAAGAUUACUAAGCAACAAUGCAAGACUUUAACUAGCAAAUUCCUUAAUUUUUGGUGGAGUGGUGAGGAGAAGACCAAUAAAAUUAAGUGGAUUCGUUGGGAUACCCUUUGCAAGUCCAAGGCUGUAGGGGGUUUGGGUUUCAAAAAUAUGGAAGCCUUUAACCUUGCUCUUCUUGCUAAGAUGGCUUGGCGUAUGGAAGUGGGGGAUGAUUCUUUACUCUACAAGCUUUUCAAGAAAAAAUAUUUCAGUAAAUGUAGUUUUUUUUAUUCCUCUGUUGUUCCUCGAUCUUCGUGGGUCUGGAGGAGCUUACAAGCUACUAAAGCGGUUCUCCGUCGGGGUAUGAUAUGGAGGAUUGGGGAUGGUUCUUGUAUUGACUGUUGGAAGGACAACUGGAUUCCGGAUCGAUCUAAUUUGGUUGUUACAACUCAAAAGACUGGGGCUCCUUUUUCCUCAGUUGCUGACCUGAUUAAUGCCUUUUCCCAUUCUUGGAAUGCCGAUUUGAUUUCUCGGUUCUUUAAUCAUCGUGACCGCCGUCCCAUCCUUCAGAUUCUUCUUCGUCAGAUGGGAGGGUUGGAUUGUAAAGUUUGGGGGUUAACUUUUUAUGGCAAGUUUUCAGUUAAGAGCGCAUACUAUGCUUCUCUCUCCUUAUCUGAUUCUUUACCGCCCUCUCCUGCUUUUGCAAGUUGUAGUUUUGAUUCCGAAAAGUAG